UACCAAUGCAAACACUAAAUUCAAUGUAAAUGCACGAAGCGAUAGUGAUAAGAACGAAGCAAUUUUUUCUGUUUCUAAAGCCAUAUUUUGUGACUAUUUCAUCCACAACUGACCAUUUCAUCUUCUGAUGGUCUAAAGUGUAUUAUUCAAACCGGACACAGGCACUUUUCCGAAAUCGUUGAGGGUAUAACCUUUUGGUCAGCAGACGUCAACCAUUUUCACCUGCCUCAUACACGCGCACUCCUACGCACAGUAUCUCAGGACUAUAGAUAUACCAGCGUGUGUAACUUCCAAAUUUGGAGAAAGUAACCCGUGUGUAGAAACUACGAAAUUGGGAAUUCUCUUCAUGGCUAAUUUUCAUGGCAUAUUCCGAAUGUUCCUGGGUUAGUGCAAGAGGGUAUACGGAUAUCAAACAAGAGCCAGUCGAUUGUUUGGAACAUUCUUACGAGACUACCGAUCCCCCCGCUAGCGGUUCGGACGAAUCAUCUGCUCGCCGGGAGCAGGGUAUGCUUAAUUUCCAGGAGAGCAGCCCACUCUUGCCAAACGAAGAAGUCGAAGUAUUUUUUAAUCACCUGGACCGACCCAGCGCCACUGAAAACUCAACCACGCGAAACGCUGGAGAUAGUGAGUCUUCCAAACUAGACAACUCUCAGCAUCAGUCAGAUACCAUGUUUCAGAACAGUAUGCACGCAAUGUCCCUUCCAACCGCUACAGCCCCAACCUACCAUGAGACCGCAGGGGCCAAUAGUUUUAUGCACGCGGGUUCCAGUCCUGUGUACGUCCCCACAACUAGAGCUGUACUCCCUAUGCAGUAUGCGUCUGGACAGCCAACUUCUAAUCCCAGUGGAGGUUCCGCUAUGUGGAUGCAACCUGACCCUUCCUACAGUACCCCUAAUACCCAUCCCUCCGUGUCCCCGAGGUUCGCCUUCGCUCCUUCGCCUAACUCUCCCAUUAGUUCCCCCACGGUGAGGGCAGACCAGGCUGGAUUUAACCCCUCUCUGCGACCAAGCGGCAUCAGCCCUUACUCCGCAUGGAGCCCCGAGUUGUCGUGGAACUACAACAUGGCACUGCAGCAAGGCCUCAGAAGACCCGGGGCAGAUGGACAGGACUAUUUCGCGGAUUUGGAGGGUCGGGAAUGCGUGAACUGCGGAGCAAUAUCCACCCCUUUAUGGCGCCGGGACGGGACCGGUCAUUAUUUGUGUAAUGCCUGUGGAUUAUAUCAUAAGAUGAAUGGGAUAAACCGCCCCCUUAUAAAACCACAAAGGCGAUUGGGAGAGUUCGGCGAGACAUAUCCUGCCACGCCCCCAUAUCAAACAGCUGAUCCUACUCUUCAGGCGUUCGGGCCUUGGACCACUGGUGGUAAAGGACUGGGGAAAUCAAGAUCAGCCUCCAGAAGGGUUGGUCUGUCUUGCGCCAACUGCAGCACGACAACGACUACAUUAUGGCGUCGCAACAACGAAGGUGAACCAGUCUGUAACGCAUGCGGACUGUACUACAAAUUACAUGGGGUAAACAGACCUCUUGCCAUGAAGAAAGAUGGGAUUCAGACACGGAAGAGAAAACCCAAGAAUCUUGCCAAGAAUAAAAAUUCUAGUAAACAGGAAUCAAAUGCGGAUGUAAAACCAGCCGUCUCGCCCAACACCUUGAACAACAAUUCCUCUAACCAGAACAACGCCUUAGCAAGUUCCAUUAACAGUUCCAAUGUGAUGGGCCACACUUCUUCAAUGACAACCCUCACUUCCGUCGGAGUUGAUCAUGAGAGCGGGUUAGGGAGCCCGGUGAACUUAGCUUCCGUCCCGCAUUAUUCAUCACCGUCACCACCUAAAGCUGUUCUGGUCAAAACUGAAAGUGAUAGUCUCCAUGGACACGGGGGACCUCUUCAUUCUGAAUCCGGGUCACUAAGUGCUGUGACUGUAGGGGCCAAUUAACCGGAAGUGAGCCGAAUCUCGCAGACAUUACAACGUAUUCAUACAAUCUAUACAACAUUUGACUAUAGAUUUUUAUAAGUUAUUAUAAUAUAAAAAAUGAAGGUUUAUACGUUAUUAUAUUAUUUUCAUAUGUUGGUUCUAGGGAAUACAUUAUGCCUAGAAAUUGUUGAUUGUCUCAUAUUUUCUAUAGAUUUGAAAUGUAUAUACUUGUAUUGAAAUGCAUGUCUGCUACAACAUGUAUUUGAAACUGCUUGUUAUUUGAGGGAUUUGUUAUAUAGAUAUGAAUUUUAAUAAUCAUUAGCAAAUAACCAAAUUUAUACCCCACAAGAAAAAGUCAAUCAAAUAUGAAAAACGUUACAACUACCUCACAAUAAACAUACUGUGUUCAUGUGAAAUAAAUUUCAUUGAACAUCCAUCCCUGUAAACUUUACAUAGCAUAGUUAAAUAGUGUACAUAAUGUUCAACAGUCGAUUAAAAAAAUAAAACAUUCACCAGGUACCAUUCCCGGUGAUCAUACUCAGAAACAAUACUUGAGCCUUAUCGAAAAGAGAGCUAAACUGAUCUUGCCUUCCCUGUUUCCUGUCACGUGACUUAGUGUACAUGUAAUUAUCAGGGUAUAGAUCACAUUCAACACAAGUUUGUUUGUAAACGCGAGUGAGUGAACAUAAAGGUGCUAUAGUUGGGCGUGAAUCGGUUUGCCAUACCUUAUGAAAGCUAGUCGACAAUCAGAAUAUUUCUGAUGUUAUAAUUUUAUCGUAUUUUUUGUGAUUAUCUAGUUAGAUAUUUUGAAUUAUGUGUAAAAAAUUCAAUAUGCAUAUCAAAACCUCAUGAAAUUUAAAUUGUAAAAUGAAGUAGAUGUAUAAUUCAAUAGAUUAAAUGGGGCCAAACGGAAAUGAUAACUCACUGAUUACUGCAAUUCAAUUUAGUUUUACGAUGUGUGUUUGAUCUUUGAAGAAAAUUUGUAAUACAAUUCUUGCCAUAUUUAAC